ACUGGGACAGAGGGGAGCCCCGGGACUAUAAGUAGAAUUUUCAGUAUCCCAGGAGGCACUAUGACCCACGGGACUCCAGGCAUGCAGGGCAAGAGCAGCAGGGGGAGGCUGCUGGGGCUGCUCACACUACUUUGCUGCCUGGUGCACAGCCUCGCAGGACUGAAUGUUUGUACAAGCCGGAGCAUAACCUUAGAAUCCUGCCAAGAGUGCCUACUUAUUCACCCCCAGUGUGCUUGGUGCUCACAAGAGGAGUUUGGCAGCUCCAGGACAACAACGUCCAGAUGUGACUUUGUGGAAAAUCUCGUUAGUAAAGGCUGCUCACUGAAAUAUAUAGAGCACCCUGGAAGUAACGUCUCUAUAACUAGGAACCUCCCACUUAGUAGCAAAGGAUCUGGCUCCUCAGCCUCUGACUUUAUACAGAUGACCCCACAGAGCCUUUCCCUAUCUCUCCGGCCAGGUGCUGAAGUCUCUUUUAGAGUGGAUGUGCGGCAGGUGGAGGACUACCCUGUGGAUCUGUAUUACCUGAUGGAUUUGUCAUUAUCCAUGAAAGAUGAUUUAGAUACCAUCCGGAACCUUGGAACUAAGCUGGCAGCAGAGAUGAAGAAGUUGACUAGCAACUUCCGUCUAGGCUUUGGAUCCUUUGUGGAUAAGAAUGUUUCUCCCUUCUCCUACACUGCACCCAAAAAUCAAAACAAUCCUUGCACUGGUUACAAACCCUUUCCAAACUGUGUUCCAUCCUUUUGGAUUUCGCCAUCUUCUCUCUCUCUCACGGACAAAGUAAACAAUUUCAAUGCUAUGGUCCAGAAGCAACGGGUAUCGAGGAACAGGGAUGCGCCAGAGGGUUGCUUUGAUGCCAUCUUGCAAGCAGCGGUUGCAAA